UAUGAGGUCCUCCGAUUCACGCGUCAAAACAAUGCGACACGAGACCAAUAGCUACCGGAAGUGCUGAGAAGGACCUGAUAUGGUGUAACACCAAGCGCUAAUCGAGCGCCGAAUAGUCGAUAAGGACCUUGACCACUUCAUAGCGCCAUCAUGGUGUUACGGAGGCUCCUAUACGCGUUAAUAAACAACGCUCAGCUGGUGGAGAGGCUAGCCGAAUCGCGGCCCAUCCGGCGCGCGGCGCAGCUCACCGCCUUCGCCAUCACGCGCGCGCAGAUCGCCGGGAAGGACGCCGCGCGCCAGAUCCGCGCAGGAGAGCUGGGUCAGAAAGGCGCGAGACUCCGGGACACUUUCCUCAGAGAGGUGAAGGAGGGGAUGAGAGACGCGUCUCGACAAAUUAAAGACAAGAAGUGAACGGUGUGGAUUUAAAACUCGGGACAAUCUGUGCGAACUGACUGAACACGGUGUCGGGCUUCCGGUGUUGUACAUAAUUAUAAAAGUCUGAUUGUGUGUUUAUUUAAUAAUAACAACAUAUUUACACCUCAAUA